AUGACUUCUGACUGUCGUCAUCGUUAUCGUAAUCAGAACGAUAUGAUAAUGAUGCCAUUUUCCCAAGAGAACACCAAUAACGACAAUAACUUUUAUGAGCAUCGGGUGGAACCGCCAUUUCCGUUUCAGUAUGACGACCCAGUAUUCACACGUCGACGAAGUAUUGCUGAAAUUACUUAUAACAAAAAUAGUAGCAAUAAUAAUGCGAUCGACAAUUAUGAUGAAAAUGAUUACGACGACGUGGACGACGAAAGUCCCAGGAAAGGACUUUUGCAACAAAUGUUUUGCCUUCCGUUAAACUAAUCAACUAAUACUUAUUCCUCCAUAAAUUACAGCUACUAUCAAUAACCUGUUCUUCGUCGUGACUUCAGCGACUCGUUAGCUAGGUAUAUCUUGUCUAUUUUCAAAUUGGAAUUGAUAGGGUUCGCUAAGAUUGGACUGAUGCGAACUGGAUAUUCGGUGAGUAUUGAAGUUUAUCGAGAACAUGAGGGAUCGUUAAUCAAAGAUUCAAGUUUAUUAUAAAUGCAAUGAUUGAAAGAUCGAUAAAAAUCCAUUCGAGUCAGAAUAUUUCUGAAAAAUAUACAAAUUUGGUUAUUGAAUUCCAAUUAAAUCUGUUGAAAUCGUAUUAUCAUCGGUUAAUCAAUAUACUUUGUGUAGGCAUUCACCGAUACCAUUGUCGAUAGUCUCGCUAUGUUAUAUUGAACUUCAUUGAAUUAACGAAAAAACCGACGUAUAUUUCUGCCUCUAUUCUGCUAAAAAGUAUUAUUACCUGAAUAUCUAUUACGUAAUUACUGCUCUUGAGCUCGGUAUUUGAACGAGGGCUUUCAAAUCAUUCCAAGAUAAGUUUAGCUGAAAUAUUGUAAGAAUAAUGAAGAGAAAUAGACGUAAUUUAUAAUGUAAGUAUAAAAGACAACAAAAAGAAGACAUGAAAACUGUUUAUAGAUAGCUUGUUAACUCGCAUAUGAAAUAUAAGAAAUCAAUUUUUCUUAAUCGUACAAAAUAAAACAACGCUGCUUUUCAAAGAAUAAACAUAAUCCAGCGUAGAUUGGCGCGCUACGGAAGUCUAAACAAAAAAUGUAUUGAAGAAGAAUAAAAAUAUAUAUAUAGUAAUAGAAAAAAGAGAUAUAAAAUGAAUUGGAAGAAGUAUGAAAUCUAGAACUGAAUAAUUGCACUUUAUUGUUAUUGUAUUACAUAAUAAAAUAUCAGAUAUAAAAUAAACGCUUAACUCGUAGGAUUUGCCAUGCAAUCCGGACAUAAUUAUAAGAUAAUUAAUAUAUACUACUAAUGGCCUGAUUAUUAUUGAUUAAUGAUUAUGUACCCGGAAUUGUAUUGAAACGUUACAUACGGCCGUUUAUAGUAUUUUUAUAAAGUCUAAUUUAUGUUUCAAUCGUUUAUUAUGAUGAUUAUUCUAGAGAUCUUAUAUUGAUAGAUGAUUACACUAGAAUGAAAUAGUACAUACAUCUUCAAUCA